CACACGCACACACAGUGGAGACCCAGUGGAGGCUUAUACAUGCAGCUCUCUCCAGGAUGAGAUUGCACUGAAGCUCAGCACGACCGUCACACCAGUUUGUUGAAACCAAGAAAGUGUGACAUGCCCAUCCUAAAGAAGCUCCCGGGCAGAUCCAAGAGUUGCCACGAGUUCCCCAGGAGCAACGGGGAGCUGAUCCUGCCCCGACUGGACCUGGACCUCAAGGACCUGAAUGACCUGAACCACCUCCAGGACCUCCAGGAGAUGAAGGACCUCAACCCCUUCCACGAGGUGGACCUUCUAGAGGACCAGAGGAACGACGGGGACGACCCGGGCCUCAUUAUGGCCGAGGUCAGGGGAUACCGCCAGCAGCAGCAGCAGCAGCAGCAGCAGCAGCAGCAGCAGCAGCAGCACCGGACGUCACGGGACGGCGAGGUGGAGGAGAACGAGGUGAACGCGGAGAGACACGGGGCGGGGAACCCCAAGGGCAGACCCCUGCGCGGGACGCUGGAGCGGAUCUGCGGCGUGUCGCCCCUCAAGACCCUGGGGAAGCUGGGCAAGGGGCUACGCAUCUCCGGCCGCAGCGUUUGGGGCGGCGGGGGCACGGCCCAGCGCAGCCCUGCGGGCGCCACCACACCCACGCCAGAGAAGGAGAAAAGGAAAGGACUACGCAGAAGCUCAGAGGAAAUCAUGACACUUCUCCGUUUCACAGGCAGGCGGAGGGAGAUGCGCAGGGAGAGCCUGCCCUGUGGGGAUCUGAGCAUGGAUCAUGAGGCAGAGGCUCGCCGGCGACCCUCCUUCCUCAGGAUGGUCAGCCUGGGUAAGCUGAAGCGGGAAUCCAUGUCUGACCGGGGCUCCUUGGAGACCGAGGAGGAGGAGGAAGAGGAGGAGCCGGUGAUCAAACCAAGGGAGCCGCUCUCAGUACUGGAGAUCCUACAGUUGGUGAACAACCGGGACCUCCUCCAGGCCGACACACACAUCCAGGAGCUGGAGCGAGAGUGUGAGCUGCUCUCUUUAUUGCCCAACGCAUCGAAUCCUGCCCUCACACCGAGCUUCCCCAGUACCCCUUCCAGCAUAGGCUCCUCGACGCCUUCCCUCCAGGAUGACCUGCUCAGCUCCAACGCCACGCUGGACUCAGGCCGGCGCAAAGCCAAGGAUGUGGAGCUCCUCUACGAGGCGCUGCAGAGGGAGAUGUGGGACAUAGUGCGCGAGUCUCUCCGCCAGCCCAGCGCGAGGCCCAACCUGUGCCUCGUGGUGCUGGUGAUCCAGCAGGAGGAGCACGCCGACGCCUCCUGGGCCUUGAAAGAGGACAAGCCUCCGCGAGAGGGCUGUCCCCAGAACCCGGGCCAGCCCAGCCACCGGCCGCGGAGGUUGAAGCAGAAGUGGAGGCAGGCGGUGGCAGAGGCCACCGACUGGAGCCUGCCCAGCCAGAUGGACACCAAGGCGGGCCAGCUCGCUCUCUACCUUGAGAGCCUGAGGAGUCGCAUGGUGGACGACCUGGACGCCGCCAGGAGGAACGCCGUGUCCAUCUACCCCGAGGAGUUCUCCGCGUUCCAGGUGUACGUGGAGAGCUACCACAGGGCCGUGGCCAAGCGGCUGCGGACCAUCACAGGCGGCCCGCUGCAGGUCACAGACGUGUACUCAUUGUUGGACUGGUUCUACAAUAUUUACAACAGGGAUGUCCUAGGCAAUAUUGGCGUUUCCACACAUAUCAAUUAUUCCCAUCUGGAGCCGAUUUUGCCCCAGGACACAGUGGACCGGCUGGAACAAAACUGCCUCAAUAUUGUCAAGGAUAAAGUCGAGAGAGAACUGAUCCAGGUUCUGGAUGAAGAGGAGCGGCGAUGGGCCCAGACUCUGCACAUAGAGGAGUUUCAGUCCAAUUUGGCACGUUCUGUCAUCCAGAGACUUAAGGUUGACCUGGACAGAUCCACAACUGUCAGCCAGUUUUUGGGCUCCAGAGUGGCACGUUGCUGCCUCAUAGGACUCGCAGAUUUCCUCUAUAGUUUUCAGAGAAAGGUGGAGAUGUUCCAUGAGACCCAGGCCGAGUUUGGAGACAGAGGAGACGGAUAUGUUUCCAGAACAAUAGCUCUGGUCAACUGCUGCCCUCCGCUCAGGACCUUUGUGCAGCGCUGCAGGCAGUGUGACCCACAGGGAAGUGAGGAGAUAGCACAGAGAGCUAACACGUCCCUGGACAGGAUUGUCAACCAAUCAGUGCGAGUUCUAACCGACAGACUGUUUGAGCACAUUAGGCCUUUCUUUGACAAGCUGGUGAAGAGGAAAUGGCUGAACAACACUGUGGCCUUUGAGGCAAUUGAAGCAAGUAUCAAGCAGAACUUUAAGAAGUUCCGAAGGAUGGACCCACCACCGUACCAGAUCCUUGUGGGCGAGGUGCACAGAAGAGUCCUAGUAGAGUAUGUCCGAGCCAUACUGCGGGGAAGGGUCAUCUGCACUUCCUCCAAGAUGAGGAAGAGGAUGGCUUUCCGGCUUCAGGAUGAGGCCAAACAGCUCAAGGGACUAUUCAAGGAUCUGGAGUCGGGCUCAUCAUGGUUGGACAGUCUCAUCUGCCAUCUGGCUGACAUCAUUCUCCUGGAAGACACCCCCUCUAUUCAGAUGGAAGUUGCCGUUCUGGUGAAAGAGUUUCCAGAUAUACGGAAGAGGCACGUGUCAACACUGCUGAACGUGCGGGGCAUGAUGCGGCAGGCGGAGCGCCAGGAGAUCCUCAACGUGGUGAAGGACUUUGAGUGCAGCGCGGCGCUGAUGUGCCGGGAUCACGCCGUUUUCUCAGACAUUCCCAUCCCCUCCGAGGUGCACUGCCUCAGCCUGGGCCUCCUCCGCCUUGCCAUGAGCGUCGCCAACUGGCUGUCGGAGCGCCGGCACGGGUCCGCCCGCCGCCAGCAGGCCGGCGGCAAGACGGCGGCUAACCACGGCCACGAACAGUCGCGGCAAGGCGAUGAGGGCGCUGCCGGGGGGCACAGAGAGGACUAAGAAGGGGGGGAACGGCUGCGAGUUGGGUCUGACGCUUGGGUCUCUCCCGGGGAGGGCAGCGGGUUGUAGAUUGAAAAAAACAAAAACGAUAGAGCAAUCACAAAGUCAUACACUGUGAAUGUUUGUGACGAUUUGUAUCAAGCACCUUGUAAAGGCGUUUGGCAACGCCAAAAGUAUUGCAAGCAAAGCCGUUCCUAGAAAGCCGAAUGAAGAAACUUGAGCUCAGGUACUUCUCUUAGUGUACAUCGUGCUUUCUCACACCAAAUGUCUCAUCACCUUCAGAGGACUGCAGGUGUGAAGGAAUACCGCAAUUCAUCAAGAUCAUCUCUAGUACUCAAGUACGCAUUUACAAAGAAGGAAGACAAGUCAUAUUUAACAUUCAUUUAAGCAGUUUCUCAAAGCGAAUGCCGUGUUAGGCCACCUUGCUACCUGCCUGCAUAGUUGCGAUGUGGUAAUGUCCUGUAGAAGUACAUUUGGUUGUAACACGUAUUCACACGGCAGGUCAUCUAACAUCUUAGUUGCUCUGUUAUUGCUAUGGAUACUGCACAGAAAGCCACACUUUAGUAAUUGAUAUACCGCUUAUCUAUGUAAGAAUAUAUAUAUAUAUAUAUAGAAAUAUAUAAAUAUUUGACAGUGCGUGUGUGUGUGUUAGAAUGAUGUGUGUGUAUGCGCAUGUGUGUGCGUAUGCAUACGUGUGUGCGUGUGUGUGUGUGUGUGUAUGUAUGGUAUAUGUUUUGAACCCCAACUGUGAAUAACAUGGAUCUUUUGCUGGACAUGUAAUAAAAACCUAUUGAUUGGG